GUUUAGAUGUCACAUAUCACUAACUUGCUACUCUACCGUGCUACCUUUUUCAAGUGCCGUGUCAUAGAAAAUGAGACAAGACCACAGGCAAAAUGUGCCAUGUGGUUUGACCAGAAGGCAGGAAGGGUGACUGCGUCAAACAUCCGAGCAGCCUGCCACACGGACCCAGACAAACCAGCUGUUUCCCUGCUGAAGAAACUGUGCUAUCCAGUGGCCUACAAGGACCCAAACAACAACACACCACACUCUCUCAGAUGGGGCACUGAACACGAGGGAACGGCAGUUGAGGAGUACACCAAAACAAUGGAGAGCCACCACACCAACCUCACUGUCAGGAAGGGAGGCCUGGUCAUCAACCCUCAAUAUCCAUGGUUAGGGGCAUCCCCAGACGGCAUAUUAACAUGUGACUGCCAUGAAAUGGGUGUGUUGGAAGUAAAGGCACCCAGCAGUCUUGAUAAUAGCACAUUGGGGGAGAAAAGUAAACAGGACAGCACGUUCUGUCUCAAAGAGGUUGGCGGUAAACUUUUCUUAAAGAGGGACCAUCAGUACUUCUAUCAGGUGCAGACACAAAUUCAUCUGACACAAGCAAGCUACUGUGACUUUGCUGUCUGGGGACCGGGGAAAGGAGGGAAUGGGGAAAUGCACAUUGAGAGGAUUCUGCCCGAUACUGACUUUUUUGAGUCCAUGUGUGAAAAGGUUAGCAAAUUUGUGAAGAAAUGUGUCAUCCCAGAGCUUGUAGCAAAGGUGUUCACAGCUCCUAUUCUAACAUCACAUGACAAAAAAACAUCUGAAGGCAAGGGCUGUUACUGUGGGGUCCCUGUACUGCACAAUGAAGACAGACUUGAGUGUAAGUCAGGAAUCUGUAAAAGACAACUCAUUCAUAGAAGUUGCUUAAAGUUUGACACCACACAUUUAAAAAUAUCAAGUUGGAAAUGCAGUGACUGUAUACGUGAAAUAGCUAAAGAGAAGAGGGAUAACAAAAAACAGAACAAUCUGAACAAAGUGUAAGUGUUUUAUUCAACACGGGUGUGUAUAGAAAAUAUUUAGAUAGAUGUAUAUAGACAGAUAUAUAGUACAGUUUUGUAUAUAGAUGUAUAUAAUUACAUAUAUACAUACACACAGUACAGUUUUGUAUAUAGAUGUAUAUAGUUACAUAUAUACAUACGCACAGUAGUUUUGUAUAUAGAUGUGUAGUUACAUAUUUACAUACACACAGUAAAGUUUUGUAUAUAGAUGUAUAGUUACAUAUAUACAUACACACAGUAGUUUUGUAUAUAGAUGUAUAUAGUUAGUUACAUAUAUACAUACACACACACACAGUAGUUUUGUAUAUAGAUGUAUAGUUAUUUACAGGGUUGCCACUCUUUUGUAAUGUUACAUUUCAAGGAUUUUUCAAUCACUUUACAAAAACAAAUAAUUUAUUACAU